GGAUGGACACAUAGGAGAACAUGCCGGGGAUGGACACAUAGGAGAACAUGCCGGGGAUGGACACAUAGGAGAACAUGCCGGGGAUGGACACAUGGGAUAACAUGCCGGGGAUGGACACAUGGGAUAACAUGCCGGGGAUGGACACAUGGGAUAACAUGCCGGGGAUGGACACAUAGGAGAACAUGCCGGGGAUGGACACACAUGGGAUAACAUGCCGGGGAUGGACACACAUGGGAUAACAUGCCGGGGAUGGACACAUGGGAUAACAUGCCGGGGAUGGACACAUGGGAGAACAUGCCGGGGAUGGACACAUGGGAUAACAUGCCGGGGAUGGACACAUAGGAGAACAUGCCGGGGAUGGACACAUGGGAGAAUAUGCCGGGGAUGGACACAUGGGAGAACAUGCCGGGGAUGGACACAUGGGAGAACAUGCCGGGGAUGGACACAUGGGAUAACA